AUGUAUCUUGCAAAGGAUAAAAAGCAUCUUGACUUUAGUUGCGAGGAGGAAUAUUUCGAUCAGGAAAAUGGUGACUUUGAAGAGGAAGCCUAUUCGUAUACUGUCUUGCCAUUUGAUCAGAUCACAACACAUAUGAUGGAAAUCAGCAAAGAUGUAAGCGGCGUAAUUCAACUGCCGACGCCAACGACGCGCAUGUUGCUUCAUCAUUUCAACUGGGAUGUGGAUAAGCUGUACGAGCGCUACUACGAAUCGGAUGAUCCUCAAAAACUUUUCAGUGAAGCUCAUAUUGUCUAUCCAAACGAUGCUAGCAAAAAGAGUCUAAAAAAUGGCGAUACUUUUGAUUGCAUGAUUUGCUACUGUGAUUAUCCAGCUAAAGAAACUGUCAAUCUGGCGUGUGGCCAUAGUUUUUGUCGCGCCUGUUGGAACAGCUAUAUCACAGUAAAAAUAACUUCUGAAGGACAGAGCGUAAUGAUUAGCUGCGCAAACUAUGACUGUGACAUUAUCGUCGAUGAAGAAACAGUUCUUGCGGCGAUCUCCGAUCGAGCGGUCCUUCGUCGCUAUGAGCAGCUGAAAAUUAACAGUUUCGUCGAUUGUAACAAACACCUACGUUGGUGCCCAAAAGCAGGCUGUAGUCGCGCUGUGAAGGUGGAGUUUGUCAAGUUUAAGCCAGUAAUUUGUCAGUGUAAAAUGGUCUUCUGUUUCCUAUGCAACGAAGCUUGGCACUUUCCGCUCAAGUGUGACCUGCUGAAGAAGUGGGCAAAGAAGUGCUCUGACGAGAGUGAAACCUUCACUUGGAUUGCUGCGAAUACCAAAGACUGCCCGAACUGUAAAUCCCCCAUUGAGAAAAACGGGGGCUGCAAUCGAAUUCUUUGCCGCAACACCAACUGUGGCUAUGAAUUUUGCUGGCUGUGCAUGCAAAGUUGGCGCGUUCACGGAUAUCAGCCCUGCAAUCGCUACAACUCCACCGAGGCCAAAGAAAAGGCAAACGCCCAGGCGAAGGCAAGAGAAGCUCUAAAAAGGUACCUCUUCUUUGCCAAUCGUUUUAUGCACCACGGCGAAUCGCUGAAGCUGGAGCAUCAGCUCUACGAGACGGUGCACGAGAAGGUGAAGCUGUUUCAGCAGAAGUCAGCCUCCUGGGUGGAGCUGCAGUUUCUGCCCAAGACAGUGGACAUUCUCUGUCGCUGCCGUCAGACGUUGAUGUACUCGUACGCCUUUGCCUACUACCAGCAGAAGAACAACCACCUGCACAUCUUUGAGGACAAUCAGGUGGACUUUGAGAGCGCCGUAGAGCAGCUGUCCGCCUAUCUUGAGCGGGACCUAAAUUUUGAUAGUAUCGAGAAGGUCAAAACCUCGGUGCUCGACAAGUCAAAGUACUGCGAAUCAAGGCGAAAGGCGAUGCUGACACACAUUGAGGAAGGCUAUGACGCAGGACACUGGGUGCUCAAUGAAGAUGUUCUUUAA